AUGGAUUUCGAGGAAGUUCGGCAGAAGGUGCAAUCGUUGCUUCCAGCCGAGCAAGGAUUCGAGGUUUACCCCUUCAGAAUUGGCGCCUACAAUGCUUCGGUCACCAAAGAGUUUUACUUGUCCUACGAUUCGGAUUCACUCGGACUUCUUGUGCUCUCGACUCCGAACAUGUUUGACGUGGCUUUCAAAGAAUGGAUCUCCGAACAAGCGACAAAAAGUGAAACACUCGAGUCAUUGACAGAAGAUGUAAAGAAUCCAAUCGCCGAUUUCCUUAACCAUCGAUUGAAAACCGUUGAAGAUCAAUUGAAUGGACAAAGCUAUGAAGUCUUUCACGAUCAUUCCAUGUGGCCAAAUAGACGUCCAAAAAUCGUGAUGUGCACGUGUGGACACGUGGCUGGAGCCGCUUACUAUUAUCAGCCAAAGACUUUUGCGUCGGAAAUUUGGCCAUCAGCGCAGGAAAUGGCACCGAAUUGCAAAUUCAUCGGUCUCUCACUUCAUCCAAUCUAUGGAGGCCACUUUGCUUUUCGAUUUGCGAUUCUUUUCAAGGAAAUUAAGGUUCCAAAUGAUUUUGUUGAGCCAAAACCGCAAAUGAUUACACUGACGGACGAGGAAGCUCGUGAAGCUCUGGAUUUGUUCAAUUAUCACUGGAUGGAUUCACGAUUCCGAGAUGUCGGUUCACCUGAAAAACGCUAUUCCAAGUUGCAGAUGAACUAUUUUGGGACGCCACCAGCUGAUCGUUGGAAAAUUAUCAAACACUGGUUUAAUUUU